GACCUCACCGCCAUCAUGACAAACCAGGAAAAAUGGGCCCACCUGAGCCCCUCAGAAUUUUCUCAACUUCAGAAAUACGCUGAGUAUUCUACAAAGAAAUUAAAGGAUGUUCUAGAAGAAUUCCAUGGUAAUGGUGUGCUUGCAAAGUAUAAUCCGGAAGGGAAACAAGACAUUCUUAACCAAACAAUAGAUUUUGAAGGCUUUAAGCUGUUCAUGAAGACAUUCCUAGAAGCGGACCUUCCCGAAGAGUUCGCGGCUCACCUCUUCAUGUCCUUCAGCAACAAGUUCCCCCACUCCAGUCCUGCCGUCAAAAGCAAGCCUGCUCUCCUGGCAGGCGGUCUGAGAAUGAAUAAAGGUGCCAUCACCCCUCCUCGUACGUCUCCUGCGAAUACGUGUUCCCCCGAAGUCAUCCACCUGAAGGACAUCGUCUGUUACCUGUCUCUCCUUGAAAGAGGAAGACCCGAGGACAAACUCGAGUUUAUGUUUCGCCUCUACGACACGGACGGCAAUGGCUCCCUGGACAGCUCGGAACUAGAAAAUAUCAUCAGCCAGAUGAUGCAUGUCGCAGAGUACCUUGAAUGGGACGUCACCGAACUCAAUCCAAUCCUUCAUGAAAUGAUGGAAGAAAUUGACUAUGAUCAUGAUGGGACCGUUUCUCUGGAGGAAUGGAUCCAAGGAGGCAUGACAACAAUCCCACUCCUUGUGCUCCUAGGCUUGGAAAAUAACGUGAAAGAUGAUGGACAGCAUGUGUGGAGACUCAAGCACUUUAACAAACCUGCCUACUGCAACCUCUGCCUGAACAUGCUGAUCGGGGUUGGCAAGCAGGGCCUGUGCUGCUCCUUUUGCAAGUACACCGUGCACGAGCGCUGUGUGGCCCGCGCGCCUCCUUCGUGCAUCAAGACCUACGUGAAGUCCAAGAAGAACACGGACGUCAUGCAUCACUACUGGGUCGAAGGCAACUGCCCGACCAAGUGCGACAAGUGCCAUAAAACCGUCAAGUGUUACCAGGGCCUGACAGGACUGCACUGUGUUUGGUGUCAUAUCACACUGCAUAAUAAAUGUGCUUCUCAUCUAAAACCCGAGUGUGACUGCGGACCUUUGAAGGACCACAUUUUACCGCCCACAACAAUCUGUCCCGUGGUACUGCAGAUUCUGCCCACUUCAGGAGUUUCAGGCCCUGAGAUGGGCAAGCCAGAAAAACAGACAUCAGUGAAGAAGGAAAAGGGUGGAUCUCAGCAGCCAAACAAAGUGACCGACAAGAACAAAAUGCAAAGAGCCAACUCAGUUACUGUGGACGGACAAGGCCUGCAGAUCACUCCUGUUCCUGGCACUCAUCCGCUUUUAGUUUUUGUGAACCCCAAAAGUGGUGGGAAGCAAGGAGAACGAAUUUACAGAAAAUUCCAGUAUCUACUAAAUCCACGUCAAGUUUACAGUCUUGCUGGAAAUGGACCAAUGCCAGGGUUAAACUUUUUCCGCGAUGUUUCUGACUUCAGAGUGUUAGCCUGUGGUGGAGACGGAACCGUGGGGUGGAUUUUGGACUGCAUAGAAAAGGCUAAUGUGAUCAAGCACCCUCCAGUUGCCAUCCUGCCUCUUGGGACCGGUAAUGAUCUAGCAAGAUGCCUGCGAUGGGGAGGAGGUUAUGAAGGUGAAAAUCUGAUGAAAAUCCUAAAAGACAUUGAAAACAGCACAGAAAUCAUGUUGGACAGGUGGAUGUUUGAAGUCAUACCUAACGACAAGGAUGAGAAGGGAGACCCAGUGCCUUACAGCAUCAUCAAUAAUUACUUUUCCAUUGGCGUGGAUGCCUCCAUUGCACACAGAUUCCACAUCAUGAGAGAAAAACACCCAGAGAAAUUCAACAGUAGAAUGAAGAACAAAUUUUGGUAUUUUGAGUUUGGCACAUCUGAAACUUUCUCAGCCACCUGCAAGAAGCUACAUGAAUCGGUAGAAAUAGAAUGUGACGGAGUACAGAUAGAUCUAAUAAACAUCUCUCUGGAAGGAAUUGCUAUUUUGAAUAUACCGAGCAUGCAUGGAGGAUCCAACCUCUGGGGAGAGUCUAAGAGAAGACGAAGCCACCGCCGGAUAGAGAAAAAAGGGUCCGACAAGAGGACCACGCUCACAGAUGCCAAAGAGUUGAAGUUUGCAAGUCAAGAUCUCAGUGACCAGCUGCUGGAGGUCGUUGGUCUGGAAGGAGCCAUGGAGAUGGGGCAAAUAUACACGGGACUGAAAAGUGCAGGGAGGCGGCUGGCUCAGUGCUCCUCGGUGGUCAUCAGGACUAGCAAGUCUUUGCCGAUGCAGAUCGAUGGGGAACCAUGGAUGCAGACCCCAUGCACAAUAAAAAUUACACACAAGAACCAAGCCCCAAUGCUGAUGGGCCCUCCUCCAAAAACUGGGUUGUUCUGCUCCCUCGUCAAAAGAACAAGAAACAGAAGCAAGGAAUAA